AUGUCGGAGCAGCGGCUGCGAGUCUUCCAGGCCUCCGGCCAGGAGCUCCUGGCCCUCUCUGCAGAGGAGCUGAGAGCCGUCGGCACGGUUGGGAACCUGAAGCGUCGCCUGCAGGCGCUCUGCGGGGUGCCCAGGUUUCGGCAGCGGCUCCUGCGCGGGGGCGCCGCGGGCCUCGAGGAGGGCGCCCGCUUGGAAGCUGACGACUUCCAGCUGGUCCUGCUCGGCUUCUGUAGCGCUUCAGAGGAGGAGGUGGACCACCUUGCAACCUGCGCGAAGCAGGACUUGGUCGAGAGGGUCGAGGAGGUUCUCGCGCGGCCCAUCGAUCCGGACUUGAUCGGACGACGUGGGCUGUCGCCGCUGUGCCUGGCGUCGCAGCACGGCCACAAGGGCACAGUGCAGCUUCUGCUGGAGGCCCAGGCAGACAAGGACAAGGCGUGCGGAUGGGCCACGCCCCUGCGCUUGGCAGCUCAGGAAGGCCAUGCAGAGAUCGUACAUCUACUCUUGGAGGCGGGCGCCGACAAGGACGGAUGUAGCAGAGGCGAGACCCCACUUGGCUUGGCAGCCAACGAAGGCCACGUGGAGACGACGCGCCUGCUUCUCGAGGCGGGCGCCAACAAGGACAAGAGAAGUGGAUGCUGGGCAUGA